GCGGGCUCGCGUCCCGGGAGCCGCGGACUCCUUUGCGGAGGUCCUACAGCCCCGCCCCGGUGACCGCGGAAUCCGCGCACCCCUGCCGGGUCCCGGCUCCGGGAGCUGCGCCGCCGUGUUCCCGGCGCCGGGGCGUGGCGCGGGGUGGGAGCCGAAGCCCACCUGUGAACUUAGAAGAGUGCGAACAAUGGCUGACAGUAGUGGACUAACAUGUGCUGGGAGGGCAAGCUUGGCAGACUCUUCCAUUUUUGGUUCUACAGUUACUGAAGCUUCUAAGGAAAACUUACUUAAUGGACCUACUUUGUACGUUGAAGAAGAAAUGCCUCAGGUUGAAACAAGAGUGGUAUUGGUUCAAGAAGCUGGGAAACAAGAAGAACUUAUAAAGGCCUUAAAGACUAUUAAAAUAAUGGAUGUACCAGUUAUAAAGAUAAAAGAAAGUUGCCCUGGAAAAUCGGAUGAAAAAUUAAUAAAAAGUGUUGUUAAUAUGGAAAUUAAAGUGCCCUUUGUAAAGAUGGAAUCAGUAGAAGAAUAUGAAAGUUUGGAUUCUCCAGAAUUUGAAAAUGUAUUUAUAGUCAUGGACUUCCAGGAUCCUGUCUUUACUGAGUUAUACAAGACUGAUUGUAGAGUUAUUGGACCACCAGUAGUAUUAAACUGUGCACAAAAAGGAGAGCCUUUGCCGUUUUCAUGUCGUCCACUCUAUUGUACAAGCAUGAUGAAUCUAGUACUAUGCUUUACUGGAUUCAGGAAGAAAGAAGAACUAGUCAGAUUGGUGACAUUGGUCCAUCACAUGGGUGGAGUUAUUCGAAAAGACUUUAAUUCCAAAGUAACACAUUUGGUGGCAAAUUGUACACAAGGAGAAAAAUUCAGGAUUGCUGUGAGCCUGGGUACUCCAAUUAUGAAGCCAGAAUGGAUUUAUAAAGCUUGGGAAAGGCGGAAUGAACAGGAUUUCUGUGCAUCAGCUGAUGACUUUAGAAAUGAAUUUAAAGUUCCUCCAUUUCAAGAUUGCAUUUUAAGUUUCCUGGGAUUUUCAGAUGAAGAGAAAACCAAUAUGGAAGAAAUGACUGAAAUGCAAGGAGGUAGCUAUUUACAGGUUGGAGAUGAAAGGUGCACUCACCUUAUAGUUGAAGAGAAUACAGUAAAAGAACUUCCAUUUGAACCUUCAAAGAAACUUUAUGUUGUCAAGCAAGAGUGGUUCUGGGGAAGCAUUCAAAUGGAUGCCCGAGCUGGAGAAACUAUGUAUUUAUAUGAAAAGGCUAAUACACCUGAGCUCAAGAAAUCAGUGUCACUGCUUUCUCUAAGUACUCCAAACAGCAAUCGCAAAAGACGUCGUUUGAAAGAGACGCUUGCUCAGCUUUCAAGAGAGACAGACCUGUCACCUUUCCCUCCCCGUAAGCGCCCAUCAGCUGAACAUUCCCUUUCUAUAGGGUCACUUCUAGAUAUCUCCAACACGCCAGAGUCUAGCAUUAACUAUGGAGAAACACCAAAGUCUUGUACUAAGUCUUCUAAGAAUUCCACUCCGGUUCCUUCGAAGCAGUCAGCCAGGUGGCAAGUUGCAAAAGAACUCUAUCAGACUGAAAGUAAUUAUGUAAAUAUAUUGGCCACAAUUAUUCAGUUAUUUCAGGUACCUUUGGAAGAAGAAGGACAACGUGGUGGGCCUAUCCUUGCACCAGAAGAGAUUAAGACUAUUUUUGGUAGUAUCCCAGAUAUUUUUGAUGUGCACACUAAGAUAAAGGAUGAUCUUGAAGGCCUUAUUGUUAAUUGGGAUGAAAGCAAAAGCAUUGGUGACAUCUUUCUUAAAUAUUCAAAAGAUUUGGUAAAAACCUACCCUCCCUUUGUUAAUUUCUUUGAAAUGAGCAAGGAAACAAUUAUUAAAUGUGAAAAACAGAAACCAAGAUUUCAUGCUUUUCUGAAGAUCAACCAAGCGAAACCAGAAUGUGGACGGCAAAGCCUUGUUGAACUUCUCAUCCGACCAGUACAGAGGUUACCUAGUGUUGCGUUACUUUUAAAUGAUCUUAAGAAACAUACAGCUGAAGAAAAUCCUGACAAAAGCACUCUAGAAAAAGCUAUUGGAUCACUAAAGGAAGUAAUGACGCAUAUUAAUGAGGAUAAGAGAAAAACUGAAGCGCAAAAGCAGAUUUUUGAUGUUGUUUAUGAAGUAGAUGGAUGCCCAGCUAAUCUUUUAUCUUCUCACCGAAGCUUAAUCCAACGAGUUGAAACAAUUUCUCUAGGUGAGCACCCUUGUGACAGAGGAGAACAAGUAACCCUCUUUCUCUUCAAUGACUGCCUGGAGAUAGCAAGGAAACGCCACAAAGUUAUUGGCACUUUUAGGAGUCCUCAUGGCCAGACCCGACCCCCAGCUUCUCUUAAGCAUAUUCAUCUAAUGCCUCUUUCUCAAAUUAAGAAAGUGCUGGACAUAAGAGAGACAGAAGAUUGCCAUAAUGCUUUUGCCUUGCUCGUGAGGCCACCAACAGAGCAGGCAAAUGUGCUGCUCAGUUUCCAGAUGACAUCAGAGGAACUUCCAAAAGAGAACUGGCUCAAGAUGCUAUGUCGACAUGUAGCCAACACCAUUUGUAAAGCAGAUGCUGAAAAUCUUAUUUACACUGCUGAUCCAGAAACCUUUGAAGUAAAUACAAAAGAUAUGGACAGUACAUUGAGUAGGGCAUCUAGAGCAAUAAAAAAGACUUCAAAAAGGGUUACAAGAGCAUUCUCUUUCUCCAAAACUCCAAGAAGAGUUCUACGAAGGGCUCUUAUGACAUCCCAAAGUUCAGUGGAGGGAAGAAGUCCUCUCAGCAGUGACAAGCAUGUAAUGAGUCGUAUGUCUAGCACAUCAUCAUUAGCAAUUAUCCAUUCAGUUUCCACAAGCAGUACAAUUGGAUUUACUAAGCAUGUCUAUGCUCAGUGCUCACACUCUACUGGUGGGCGCUCUCAAAACUCCUGGUUUCCAUCUAUACGUCAUUCUGCCUCACGAGUUAGUUUCUCAGAGACACUGAAAGAAAAUAUUGAUUUUUCAAAUUUCAAAAAAAGUUCUAUCCAAGUCAUCUUUGGUAUUUGUGAAGAAUUAAGAGAUAUGCCAACCAGUAAUGGAAACAAGCCUCAAGUUUAAUGGUAUUCCAUCGCCUUCCCUUGUCACCCUUCCUUCCUUCUUUGAAAGGAGAAGUCAUACUUUAAGUAGAUCAACAACUCAUUUGAUAUGAAGCUUAAAAAAAUCUUAAUUUAUAGAAACUUAACACCUCAUACAUAAAUACGGAACUGACUUAUAUGGUACUUGUCAUUAGCACUUGGUGAAAGCCGGAAAGAAGAUAGAUAACACUAAACUAUGCCAGUUGGUAUUCUUGAAAGAGUAAGGUUAACCUUUUACAUUUUUCAAGUUAAUUUAUUAAAAGAUUAUAUUGAUUUUGAUGUAAUUUUUCUCUUUGCCUGAAUCCUUCAUUUGAAGACCAAUAUCUUAAGUUAUUCAUGAUACAGUAGUGCUGCAACCUGACACAUACAGUAAAUAAAUUUCAUUGGUGGAUGCCAAAUAUUGCUGUGGAUUUCUUUGUAUAGUGCCCAUGAAUGAAUUUCGGAAGUAUAUAUUUAUGUAUCUCAAUUUGUGCAGAAAUUAGGUGAUAUCACAGUACUUAAUUAUAUUAAAAACCUGCAUAGAUAACUGAUUAAAUAGUGGGGUCUUGUUUCACAUGUGCUGUUUGAAGUAGUUAACUGCUUCUUUUGCAGUUUAAUUUAUUCUCAAGUGUCUUUAAGAUCUAGCGUGUGGAUUUAAAAAGAUUUGUCCUUAUUAAAAAGAAUAACAGUUAAAGGAGAUUGUUUCAAAAUACUUUUGCAAAUUGAGAUAAGAACAGAAAGAUUAAAAAAACAAUGUAUAUUUUGCACUAACAUGAUAUGGGUGUAUACUUGUAGCUGCUUCAGAGCCUAUAUUUAUGGUGAUUUUUAGACACUAGCAAAUCUUGAUUUAAUUUGAUAGUGUGUGGGGUUUUUGAAGGAUGACCAUGGGGAAAUUGUAGUAAAGAUUGUUUAUACUCUUUAUGAAAUAACUCUAAAACUGGCAUUAGUUUUAUUAAUCUACUGUCAAAUAUUACAUGGGUAUGUGUAUGGUCAACUUUUUAUUGUCGUCCCAUAUAAAAUGUAAAAUUGAAAUACAUUUAUUUGUGUUGUAAAAUAUUUUUCAAGCCUUGAUAUUCUUUUUCACAGUAGUUUGUUUGUUUUAUAGUCAGCAAUACAAAAUAAUCAAGUUCUUAUGAAUAAUUUCAUUUUUAUUUCCUACCUGUUUAGGGAUUACUAUAAACAUUUAAUUAUCAUUUAACAGUUCUUGGUUAUGUCCUUAAUAGUUUAACUGACUAUAUAGAUUUUUCUAUACCAUGUAUGUACCACUUUAUUGCUAUAUUUUAAAAGCAGUUGUAUUAGUAAGAACUUUGUAAAUAAAUACUUAAGACCCGAGUGUA